AUGUCUUACAACGACCACGAGAAGGGACUCAUCAGCACGGCCGUAGACAAGACCAAGGAGCUGGCCCACGACGCCAAGGAGAAGGUCAAGGAGGCCUAUCACGCAGUGGUCGAUGAGCCGCGAGUUGAAGACCGAUUCCGGUACCAAGCCAAAGACAACAUCGACAUCGCGGCAGACAAGGUACUUUUCCUACAAGUCUGGAUUCGAUUUCAGCCGCUUAACACUUUCAGGCUAAGAAUGCUCGUGACACGACUCACGAGAAUUGGGAGGAUUUCAAGGACAACACGCAGAACAAGUGGGAAGACGUCAAAGAAAAGGCCGAGGAGAAGAAGAACCAGGUCGGCGAGAAGUGGCAGGACAUGAAGGAUGGGGUCCGCGAGAAGUGGGAGGACGUCAAAGACGGCGCACAGGAGAAGAAGGACCAAGUCGGCGAGAAAUGGGAGGACAUCAAGGACUCGGCCGAAGAGAAGCGCCAAAAUGUCAACCGGAAGAUAGACGACGUUGCUUGCAACGCUCAGCAAAAGGUUCUAAUGGUUUUCUGAAAGAAGAGAGUCAGUAUUUUUUUUCAGCUGGACAACGCUCGCUUUAACACCGCGUAUCAUCUCCGCGACACCGCUCGUACCAUCGAAGGACAUUAA